CGGGACGCGCAUACGGGUCGUGUUGCAAUUUUUCUCCGAUUAUCAUUAUUUGUUUUUUUUUCUACCUUCAGACAUUCGUUUUGCUGCCGACGACGUCUCACAUUGUACCGGUUGGUCGACUCGUGCGUAGUACAUGCUUCUUGAGCGCCAGACGAGCAACAGUAAACGGACGAUCGACGCACCGAUAUCUUUUCAAUCAAUAACCGUUUAAAAUAUACACAUCUGUAUAAUUAAAAAAAAAAAUUAAUUUAUCCCGUCCGAGCUAUCACGUUCGAUUGAAAUUAUUCGCCGUCCACGGUAGUCCGUUUGAUAAGCAAUUUUUUUUAACAAAAUGCAAGUCAACAAGGACGGAUCGGCUUGCGUGAAAAUGGGAUCGGAGUACGCUCUCAGAUUCGAAGACGAACCCGACUUGGAAGAAGUAUACAGGGAAAAAGCCGAGACCGAGCUGAGGGAAACCCCGGAAAGACGGGCAGAAGCGCUGGACCAACUUAGGCGGCUCAUCGAAGAAGAGAAAAACUUACACCUGCCGACGGACGAAUCCACCGAGAAUCUCUUGUUGGCCUUCUUGAGAGUCUGCAAGUUCUAUCCGGAAAGCGCAUUCAAAAGGGUGAAGAAUUUGUACAAAUUGCGACAGAAAAACCCGAAAUAUUGCUCCGACCUAAUACCCAGUUUGGAAAAGAACGUGUUCUCCCAAAACAUUCUCACGGUUUUGCCGUCACGCGACCAACACGGCCGGCGGAUAUUGCUCACAGAAGUCGGACAGAGGUGGAAAGUAAAGAACUGCACGCUAACCGAGAUCUUCAGGGGCGUCGAAUUGGUAAUAGAGGCUGCAAUUUUGGAACCCAGAACGCAAGUAUCCGGUACGGCGCUCAUUAUCGACUUUGCCGGACUGACCGUAAACCACGUGUGGCAGUUCACUCCUAAUUUCGCCAAACUAGUCUUGGACUGGAUACAGUAUUGUAUGCCGGCGAGGUUGAAAGAAGUCCAUGUCAUCAAUCAACCGUACAUAUUCAACAUGAUAUUCGCAAUGUUCAAGCCUUUCAUGCAAGAGAAACUCAGGAAUCGAAUGUUUUUGCACGGUUACGAUCACUCUUCCUUACUGGAGUAUCUGGACGCUAAAUGUUUGCCAGCCAAGUACGGCGGGCUUAUGGACAUCGAAACAGACCAAAGUCUAGACCUAUGGCAAUUACUCUGCCACUACAACGAUAACUACAAAGUGACAAACGAAUAUGGCUACAAAAAGAAGAACAAAUAGACAACAAUCGAACCGAACGAUCAUGCCGUGAAAACCUUACAAGACAUUGUGUUUAACUAUCCACUACAUUAUAAUUAUUAUUAUAUUUUACCUUAGCUCGACCUAUUGGCCGGACGCUAUUAUUUCGUAUAAACACUCAACUAUUUUUAUUAAUGCUUUUACGCUAUUUAAAGUUAUAAUUUGUUAUUGGUUAUUAUUAUUAUUAUUAUUAUUAUUAUUAUUAUUAUUACUCAAAAUAAACAUCAUAUUAGUACUUAAGCGUGACAAUACAAA